AUGGAUCAAUACUAAAAUGCAUUUUAGAUGUUAGGGCAAAAUAUGUUUUCGAAAGCUCCACCUAGUGGUUAUGCUCCUGGAUAUCACCCGAUGAUUUAAGCCAAUUCAAAUAAACAGAAUUAAUGCAAUUUUAGGAGUAGACAGUAUUAAAAAAUGCUUAAAAAGGUUAGUGAUUAUAAUACGAGAAUGAAAGGGAAGGAAGAUUAUAUUUAUGAAUUAGAAUAACAAUCUAUGCAAUUGCAAAGGGAUCUGGUUUAAAAGGAUAAAUACAGGAAUGAACAUAAUCAAAUCCAUUACAAAAAUUAUUAACCAACUUUUAAUGUUUAAAACACCCUCCCUAUGGAGUCAUUGUAGACUGAUCUUUAAUCAGUGUAGAAUCAAAAUCCGAAUACGUAAAUAUUACCUGGAGAUAAUCCAGAAGUAUAACCUUAAUAAGUGCAAAGGAGAACUUCAGUUCAAUUAAAUUAGACAAGACCACAAUCAUUUGCAAUUCAAGGAAACUAGAAAUUGAUAAAUAUGUAGAAGCAAAUGGAGGAAUAGAAUCAAUAUAUUUAGUAAUUGUCUGCUUUGGUGGCAAAGAAGAAACCAGCUAUUGAUUCAGAAAAGGAUGAUAGUUUGACAUAAUUAUUGAAUGAGAGGGAUGACUUGUAAAAAUAACAUAUUUUGAAUGAAAUUAAGUAAUUGAAAUAGAGAGUAGAUGAAUUUGAUCUCCCCAGAUAAUAAAUGAUACCAUAAUAAUUUUAGCAGCAUGGAUUUAUGCCUUAAUAGUAACAAAUGCAGUAAUAAGGGAUGAUGCAAUUUCAGAAUCCUUAUGGGAUGUAUCCAUAGAUGUACCCUCCAAAUAUCUAAUAACAAUAAUAGUAAAGUGAUGAACUUGAUGAUAAUGAUUUGAACAAUGAAAUUUUGAUGAAGUUGCUUGAUCAAUAGAAUAGAUAAAAAAAGAGAGGAUCGAGAAAUGGCUAGAAGAGUCAUGAUUAUAACCAUAGAAAUUCGAGUAGGGAUAGGAGACAUACACAAAAGAGAAAAUAAUAAGAUGAUGAUCAAGAUCAAGAUGGAGAUAGUAAUUGA